UCGUGCGGAGGAUUGUACAGCACAGUUAUAAACGGAGGAGAUGGCCGCGUUCAAACGAUGCUUGAAGACGCGUCUGCUGUCGUUGAUUGGCAUCCUAGCGACACUUAGGAGAUGCGACAGUGUUCCGUGGCAGGAGGAAAAGCUGAAACAUGAAGCAACCACACUGAGCUCUAGUGAACUGAGUAGUGUUUUAGCUCGUACUGAUCUGGACCGGAUGUGGCAGAAAGACCUGAAGCCCAUGCUUGUCGUGCGGUACCCAGGCUCCACUGGAAGCCAAGAUGUUCAGCAGCAUAUCAAAUCGACCCUCGGCUCGCUGAAAGCAGGGUGGGAAGUGACGGAAGAUACCUUCUUUUCUGAAACUCCUUACGGCCAAUUUCCCUUCACCAACAUCAUUGCCACUCUCAAACCUGCUGCAAAGCGUCAGUUAGUGGUGGCCUGCCACUUUGACUCCAAAUACUACCCUCCGCAGUGGGAUGGCCGCGAGUUUCUCGGUGCUACAGAUUCUGCUGUGCCCUGCUCAAUGAUUCUGGAACUGGCAAGAGCCCAAGAUGAUGAGCUGAAUACUCUAAAGGACUCUGGCUCAGAUCUGUCUCUGCAGCUGUUGUUCUUCGAUGGAGAGGAGGCGCUCUACCAGUGGACCUCUGAAGACUCGCUGUACGGCUCCCGGCAUCUCGCCCACAGGAUGGCAACAACAGCACACCCGCCUGGAGCCACCAACACCAGCCAGCUCGACAGCAUUGAUCUGUUUGUUCUGUUGGACUUGAUUGGAGGUCCUAAUCCUCGCUUCGGUAAUCAGCUCUCCAGUACGACCCGAUGGCUUUCCAGACUACAGAAUAUCGAGCGUCGGCUGCAUGCACUCGGCUAUCUAGAGAAUCACCCUAAUGAGGUUCAGUAUUUCUGGCCCGGCCUGCAUGUGGGUCUAAUUCUGGACGACCACAUACCAUUCUUCAACCGAGGGGUUCGGAUCCUCCAUCUGAUUUCCACUCCUUUUCCUGCAGUGUGGCACACCUUUGAUGACAAUGAGGAGAACCUGGAUCGUACCUCUAUCAGCAAUCUCAACAAGAUCCUGCAGGUCUUUGUUCUUGAGUACCUCAACAAGAAAAUCCAGAACCCUGCCCCUGAAAACACCUAAUGUUCAGUUACUUUUUUGCCAAAACAUCAAUCAACCAUGACAUUCCUCUUACUGAAAAGCACAGUAAACUCUGAAUAAUUUGGUGUUCCAAAUUACCCAGGUUCACCAAUUCCAGGGUUUUUUACUGUAUUUGUGUCUUGCAUUAUCGAUUUCCGUCACACAUUUACAUGAUCCUGUAAAUCUUCUGCUAGUUCUUGUGUAAAGAUUUUGAAUGUGCAGCCAGAUGCACUUAGGUGUGCUGCUACUGGGACUGAUAUAAUUCAGAAGACAUUUGAGCGGUUCAGGAGCAGGUUUACUGGGUUCAAUGUGUGUUCAGCAACGGUGUUUUCUCGAUGUCCUCUUGCUUUCUGGAAGCUCAGUUUGUGCUCAGCAUGUCACUUUGCCACAGAUGACCAGUGUCAAAAGUUAGAACUUAAUAUUAAAAACAUUUUAAUUCUAGUGGGGUAGACAAAUAAAUAAUGUAGUUUAUAGUUUGUUGCCUUUAUCACUUUAAAUGUACAGCAAUCGGGAAACAGUGCUGGUGUGAUUCUUCAUACUGCUGCUAUUGUUAUGUGCUGCAGGUAUCAACAUAUUUCUCACUGACCGUUGGGUUCUGAAAGCUUUUAUUGUCACAUUAAACAUGUAUCCAUUUUAGAUAGCUGUUCAUAACAAAAAGUCAAAUAAACACUUUACAAAGCUGUCCUUUAA